GUGCCGCGAAUCCGCUCUUUCUCUGCUCACAACCCAUAACAUAAGUUAAGCUUGAAACGAGUGACGGGGGCGAUUAUUAUUUUUUUGUAGUUUCGAAAAUUCAAUAUUGGACGCCAAGUAAAUAGAAGAGUGACUGGAGCAGCAAGCCUCUAGGUCAAGGGUAGAUUUAAAGAUAAUUGACGACGUCACGACACGACAAAAGGAAGCAUGAAGGCCCCCGUCAAUUCUCGAUACGUUCACUCCGACGGUGUCACGGAUAUUGCGAUACACUAUGACGGGGAUGGGAAUACUGAUGGAAAAAUUCUUACUUGCGGCUCUGACGGUGAUAUUCGAAUGUGGAACAGUCCGGAAGAUAAGGAACCACUUUUAGUUUUCUCAUCUAGCGAUGCCGGGCUGGGAAUGUGUUGUUACCAGAAUACAGUUUACGUAGGAACCGAAAAUAAUACUGCCGAAUCUUUCUCGCUGCCAUCUGGAAAGGCGGAGAAAGUCAUUACUAAAUUCACAGCAGCAGUGAAUCAUGUUGACGUCUCCCAGAGUGGAGACCUUUUGGUGGCUGGGUCUGGGGACACGACUAUUCAGUUGAUCAAGCUAAAGGAAAGUUCAUCCCCUAUCAAACUUAGUGGUCACACUGCUCCUGUGCUGUCAGUUCUUAUCGAUCCGUUGGAAGAAUUUUUCGUAUCCACUGGCUGCGAUGGAACAGUUUCCAUUUGGAACUUAAUUGGGAAUAAUAAGCAAGUGAAAUCUUGGGAUGAUGUAUUUCCGUCUUCGAAUGACAUUUUGACGAGUAAGACACUUUGUCGACCGUCGUGGAAACCUGACGGCAGCAUGCUUGCUGUCCCACACAAAGGGGAAGUUAUUUUCUACUCUAGAAAUGGUUGGACAGAGACGCAAAGAUUCAAAGUUUCCGAAAAAAAGAUGUUAUCGGUGACGCAGUUUUCUUCCUGUAGUAAAUACUUUGCGGCCGGAAGUUCCGAUGGAACCCUUUUCGUUUGGAAUACGACCAAUUUAAAGUUGAUCUAUGAAAAUUCAGAUACCAGGGAUCACAUUACUGGAGUACUAUUUUCAAAAUCAAGCCAAGACAUUUUUGCAGUUGACAUGAAGGGUCGGUUAAUUUCAGUAAAGAACUUUAUUGGUUCUCAUGAAACUCAAAAUGAAGAUGUUGACAUGGACGAUGAAUUGGGCGAUGAAGUUGAUAAAUUCGUUGAACAGAAUGCUAUCGAGAGUGACCCAUUUGAUGAUGACAUGGAUGAUUUUUUGGUGGAAGAAGGUGGUGGGGAUGCAAAUGAAAUAUCAAUUUCUAAAAUAAAGGCUAUGGCUGGAUUCAUUGCUUCGAAAGAUCAAAAGGAAGAUGUCUUUGUCGGUGUGAAUAAAGCAAGAAAAAGUGCAGGCCUAAAGACUAUUAUCGAGGAUGAUGACGCUGCCAGUGUGUCUAGUUUAGAUAAACCCGAUGAAAAUCCGCCAUUACCAAUUGAAAUGCCUUUCACUAUACCACAAAAACCUUUUCAACCUUCUAGUUCGCCCGAGAAUCUACAAAACAGAUUCAUGGUAUGGAAUGACCUCGGAUUAAUACGACAGUAUGAAAUUGAGGACGAUGAAGUUGAUACAAUUGAUAUUGAAUUUCAUGACGUGUCGUUCCACAAUGGAAUUCGACUUCGAAAUCAAAACGAAUACACUAUUGCAGCUCUGGGAAAAGAAGCCGUAAUUUUUGCUAGUUCAAAUGCAAAUAGCAAAAUUAUGUGCUUGCAUUUCUCAUCCUGGGAUAACACCAAGGAGUGGUUAACAGAUUUGCCAAAGGACGAGGAAGCUACAGCAGUUGCAAUUGGAACAGGAUGGUUUGCUGUGGGUACUAAUAUGAACCGUUUGAGAAUUUUCACAACCGGUGGAAUUCAGAGGAAUAUGCUGGACAUUGGGGGUCAAAUAAUAGCAAUCUCUGGUCAUGAAGAUUUGCUGUUUAUUACAUUCCACACCGGCAUUGGGCUUUAUGGAAAUCAAUGCAUUUCGUAUUCCAUUCUCCGAAUUCGAAGCGGUACUGGAUUGUUUCCUUUGAUUGCCAGUGAGCCAUUGCCAUUGACCCCAAAAUCUGAAAUAUCCUGGGUCGGAUUUUCUGACGAAGGCACCCCAACAGUCUCAGACUCUACCGGAACGGUUCGAAUUCUUAAUGGAAGGAUGUGGACUACAUUCUUGAGCAUGAAAGAGAGUUCUCGAAAUGAGAGUGAUCAUUAUUGGGUCACCAGCCUCAGUGUUUGUAAUCAACAAAUAAGAGCAAUCAAAUGCAAAGGAACAACGUAUCCUCCAACACUUCCACGCCCCACAGUGUUAUUACUAGACGCGAAGCUACCAUUAUGUGAUAUGGAUACGGAGAAAAGUCAGUUGGAAGAUUUGCUAUUACGAUCUCUAAUGCAAAACGCUUUAGCAAAAAAAUUGGACAAGAAAGGUGUGGAUGUUGAGCAGUACCGGGAAAAGGCAGACAAGGAUAUCAAACAAAAUUUGAUGAAACUAUUCGCAAUUAGCUGCAAAGGUGACAAGGAUUUCCGUGCGUCAGAAUACGUUGCAAUGAUGCCAACCACACAUUCUAUUCAAAUCACUAUUAAACAUGCCAAUAAACAACGGAAAAUGGCCUUAACUGAUCGUCUCACUGCCAUUGGUAGAAAAAAGUUGGCCGAAGAGGACGAAAAUGUUGAAGAAGACGACGAUGAUUUUGAAAAUAUGCGAACUGGAAAUGUCAUUUAUUCCAGUUUGUACUCAAAUCUAACAAAUGUUGGAGGAAAUUCUAAUAACGAUUCUCAAAGCACGUCUUACUUAAGCUCCAGUUUUUUGGCUAACCAGUCAACUUCCGAUGUUGUAUUUUUGGAAGAAAAUCCACUGCUCACUCGCCAACGUGCAGAAAUACAAGCGCUGUGCUCCUCUUCUCCGGCGAAUUAUAAAAAUCCAUUCAAAAGAGAUAGCGUUGGGGAUUCGAAAACUAAAUCAAACAAUGCUGUACCAACUAUUCUUGCUGCUGAAAAGACUGAUUUAGAUGGGGGAAAAGGGUUGGCAUUGAUAGACGCGUGGAAAAAACCGUCGCAUAAGCCAACAAUGGAAUUCAACCCAAAAAAUCCAAAGAAUAAAGUUGCUAAAAAGCCUUCUGAUAAAGAUAAAGGUGACAAAACUAACAAAUCUAAAUUGGACAAGUCUUUGACGAAGAAACAGCCAGCUUUAUUUGCAACAAUGAUGACGGGGAAUAAAUCACUGUCAGAGCAACCCAAAAGUCCAGCAAACAUAAAUGAAAAUUCCGAUUCCAAAAGCAUAAUCGAAGAUAUCGAUCCUGAAAUAAAUGCUGAAAUCGAGAACAAUCAUGUCGAAAGGAAAAGAAAGAGAAGCGGCGACAAAUCGAAUGUUGCUGAUAGUGAAGCAGAAAAGAAGUCGAGAAUCAGCUCAAAACUUUCUGCAUUUGCUUUAAAACGGAACGUUAGUGCAGAUGAACCUGACGACGUCUUGGCGGAUGUAUGAAUGACGUAAACCAAGGAAAAGUGGAUUUGUGAUGUACGUGCAUAUGUAAUGCAAUGCUACAUAUUGAACUUAAUGCUUAUGGGCUAAUUAAUUUAGCGUUUAUUAAAUCUCUGUUUAUAGAAAUAAAACUCGUACAUGUCAUAUCUUAACAACACAUAAA